GGCUCCGGGCGGCCGCCUGGGCCCAGGGAGGGAGCCGGGCUGCGCCUGCCUGCCUCCCGCCCGCUUCCCUGGCCAUCGGCGAGAGCGCCGCGAUCGCACCGCGUCUCCCCAUGAAGCCUCAGACUACUCUGAAAGGUGUCUUUACCCAACUUAUCUACUGAGAAGUUCGUCUCUCUUUAGCGACAUUUUAACAUCCUAGAUCUUUAAAUGGAGGAGAUGGCAGCCUCUCAGAUUUCCAAAGAUGAGCUUGAUGAACUCAAAGAGGCCUUUGCCAAAGUUGAUCUCAACAGCAACGGAUUCAUCUGUGACUAUGAACUUCACGAACUUUUCAAGGAAGCCAACAUGCCGUUACCGGGAUAUAAAGUGAGAGAAAUAAUUCAAAAACUCAUGCUGGAUGGUGACAGGAAUAAAGAUGGGAAGAUAAGUUUUGAUGAAUUUGUUGACAUUUUCCAAGAGGUGAAAAGCAGUGAUAUUGCCAAAACCUUCCGCAAGGCAAUCAACAGGAAAGAAGGGAUUUGUGCUCUGGGAGGCACGUCAGAGCUUUCCAGUGAAGGAACACAGCAUUCUUACUCAGAGGAAGAAAAAUACGCUUUUGUUAACUGGAUAAACAAAGCUUUGGAAAAUGAUCCCGACUGCAGACAUGUUGUACCAAUGAACCCAAACACAGACGACCUGUUCAAAGCUGUUGGUGACGGAAUUGUGCUUUGUAAAAUGAUCAACCUUUCAGUUCCUGACACAAUUGAUGAAAGAGCCAUCAACAAGAAGAAACUUACACCCUUCAUCAUUCAGGAAAACUUGAACUUGGCACUGAACUCUGCUUCUGCCAUUGGGUGUCACGUUGUGAACAUCGGUGCAGAGGAUUUGCGGGCUGGGAAACCGCACCUGGUUUUGGGACUCCUUUGGCAGAUCAUUAAGAUUGGUUUGUUCGCCGACAUUGAAUUGAGCAGAAAUGAAGCCUUGGCCGCCUUGCUUCGAGACGGGGAGACUUUGGAGGAGCUUAUGAAAUUGUCCCCAGAAGAGCUUCUGCUUAGAUGGGCCAACUUUCAUUUGGAAAAUUCAGGCUGGCAGAAAAUCAACAACUUCAGUGCUGACAUCAAGCUUAUUGACUUCAGUAAUUCAGUAAAGGAUUCCAAAGCCUAUUUCCUUCUUCUCAAUCAAAUUGCACCAAAAGGACAAAAGGAAGGAGAACCACGGAUAGAUAUUAGUUUGUCAGAUUUCAAUGAAACAGAUGAUUUGAAGAGAGCGGAGAGUAUGCUUCAACAAGCAGACAAGCUAGGUUGCAGACAGUUUGUCACCCCUGCUGAUGUUGUCAGUGGAAACCCCAAACUGAACUUGGCCUUUGUGGCUAACCUGUUUAAUAAAUACCCAGCACUAACCAAGCCUGAGAACCAGGAUAUUGACUGGACUCUAUUGGAAGGAGAGACUCGUGAAGAAAGAACCUUCCGUAACUGGAUGAACUCUCUUGGUGUUAAUCCCCACGUAAACCAUCUCUAUGCUGACCUGCAAGACGCCCUGGUAAUCUUACAGUUGUAUGAACGAAUUAAAGUGCCUGUCGACUGGAAUAAGGUCAACAAGCCCCCGUACCCCAAACUUGGAGCCAACAUGAAAAAGCUGGAAAACUGCAACUAUGCUGUUGAACUGGGGAAGCAUCCUGCCAAAUUCUCCCUGGUCGGUAUUGGGGGACAAGACCUGAAUGAUGGAAACCAAACUCUGACUUUAGCUUUGGUCUGGCAGCUGAUGAGACGAUACACCCUCAAUGUUCUCGAAGAUCUUGGAGACGGGCAGAAAGCUAAUGACGACAUCAUUGUAAGCUGGGUGAACAGAACAUUGAGUGAAGCUGGAAAAUCAACUUCCAUUCAGAGUUUUAAGGACAAGACGAUCAGCUCCAGCUUGGCGGUCGUGGAUUUAAUUGAUGCCAUCCAGCCGGGCUGCAUAAACUAUGACCUUGUUAAGAGUGGCAACCUGACAGAAGACGACAAGCACAAUAAUGCCAAGUACGCGGUCUCCAUGGCCAGAAGAAUCGGAGCCCGGGUGUAUGCUCUCCCCGAAGACCUGGUGGAAGUAAAGCCCAAGAUGGUCAUGACCGUGUUUGCGUGCUUGAUGGGCAGGGGAAUGAAGAGAGUGUAAAAUAACCUAUUUGAAUAAAAACAACCUUGCUCCCAAGUGCAUGAUUAGCAGGUCAGCUAUUUCCAGGCGAAGUGCUCACGGCUUAGGGAACUGUUGGUCAUUGAAAGGAUUUAUAGUUUUGAUGAACAAGACUACUCAUCCUGAGGGCCCACAGGGGAAAGAGUUUUAAUGAAAACGACUCCGCUUUCCCAUUGUCAAAGUUGGAUUUGUCAGGCACCCCUGAAAUGUGCUCACGGCCAAAUCAUUGACUCUCUCCUCCUAGAUGGCUGCCCUUGACAUUUCCCACUGCUGUCUGUUACUUCUGUGUAUCUUUUUCCCUCCUAGAAUGUCCACAUCUUGCGACGUGCGUAGAUGAUUGGAGAUGAAUAUUAUUAGACCAUAAUUUUGCUUUCCAUCCGUACGCUAGUUCUCAUUCGAGAACUGUGGUCAGAGGGUAUUUGGAUAUGAGUAUCCUUUGCUUUCUCUUCGUAGUGCUGAAAAUUGGCAGAAGUAACUGGCUGUGCAGAAUGUAAUAGAAGCUUUUCAUAUUCUUUUAUUCUUAAAAUCAGUAUCUUUUUACAGUAUUCUUUCUACAUGAUCUUUUUUGUACAUUUAAGAAUAUUUUGAUUACAUUAAAUAAGACUGCUGAUUUUGCUACUUUUUUUAAGGGGUCUUCGAGUAAGUAAAAACCACACAUUAUAGGUAGAGGAAGCAAUGUUCUUUCAGUGUGUGUACCCUCCCCUCUCACCCCCACGCUAUAAAUAAUUGACAUAUUCUGUCUGAAAACACUUGGUUCCGUAUAUGCUCACUUGUUUUACACCCUUGCAUCCUCAAACUCUCUCUUUAGUCUUAAAAAUGUUGUUGAAUAUGACACUUUUGAGGAGAGAGUGUGCUCGGACUGUAGACAGGAUAUGGUAGGCCAAGCAUGCUAAGUGUACCAUCGAUUUUGUAAUUUUCCACCUAAGACAAAGAGAUGUGGUCACUAAAGAAUAAAAAUAUAUAUGUAGGACUUAAUGUACUCUUGCUUUGUCGAGCUGUUUGCUAUAGUUUUCAGAUUAUAAUGUUGCUCUAACUCUGAAAAGUGAUGUAAUCUGGUAGCAAUGUAUUAGUUCAAAUAAAGGCAUUUACGUAAUAA